AUGCCUCUCCUAUCCUCGACCCUCCUCCUGCGCACCCACUCCCUCACCCUCCUCACGUGCGCCUACUACCUCCUGACCUCGCCUGCCCAACUGCUGUCCUCGACCCCGAUAUGGCUUCUUGGGGAGAGCAUGAGCGUCCGGCCCGCGGGGUACGCACCGGAGACGAGCCCGCAUGACGCCUCCGCCUCACUCGGUGCAAGAGCAGGCAGUAGCGGGCGGACGAGCACGAACCCCGGCAAACAUUUGACGGGGUUGCUAUCGACACAGGCUCAUGGGAUCUCCCACUCGGAGCGAGAACUGUUCGCGCUCCUGGCGCUGGUGGUGGUAGCCUACGCGGUGACACAGUUCCUCUUUGCGGGAGACUUGUCCAUGUCGCAGCAGGGCCCUGGUGCUGGUGCUGGUGCUGGUGGUGCUGCUUCUUCCAAUGCCUCUGCACCCCCUUCGUCACUGGCCACGCGCCUCGACCCCUCCGCGAAAUCACCCUCGCGCCACGCCGAAGAGCUGCACACUCUCCUGACGGCGCAGUCGCGCUGGCUCACACUCUCGGCGAUCCACGUGUUGGCGUCGUCAACUCUCGUGUUCUGGAUCUACAUGUUCCACUCGCAUUCAGCCUCCUCCGCACCGGUGUCUUCAACCUUCCCCUCAGACAGCGGGACCUCGCUGCUCUCAGGACUGAAUUUACUGCCGAAUCGAGUCGUCUUCACGAUCGGGCUCGCUGAUAUGCUGUUCUGGGGUUAUUUGUGGACAGUGCUAAAGGAGGAGGGCCGCGAAGUUGCAAAAGUGUUGGCCAGGUGGCGCAGACAGGCCGAAGAUGAUGAGUGA